AUGGAAACUACCUUUUAUAGGACACUUGCAUCAUUUGAUAGGAUUCCCACCUAUCAUGCUCUCCGAAAAUUAGCUCAAAAACAUCGAGCCCUAAUGAACCUUCAGCUAGGUGAAAUUUGUUCAGUUGUGGUCUCGUCACCACGGUUGGCAAAAGAGAUCAUGAAAACUCAUGAUCUUGCCUUUGCAAAUCGCACUCAAUUUCGAGCUGGAGAAAUCUUAGACUAUAAUUGUUUAGACAUGGUGCUCUGUGAAUAUGGUGGCUUUUGGAGACAAAUGCGUAAAUAUGCAUGCACCUUGGAACUUCUGAGCGCUAAAAAUGUCAGAUCAUUUGAAUCUAUUCGGCAAGAUGAGGCUUUGCACCUAAUUUCAUCGAUCAAGACUUUGGCGUCUUCAUACACGAGUUCUGUGGUUUGCAGAGCAGCAUUUGGGAAACAUAUUAACAAACUAGAAGGAACAAAAGCAGCCACUGGUCAGUUAGGCCAUGAAGAGCUAGUUGAUGUCCUGCUAAGAAUUCAAGCAAGCUGUAAAUAUCAAGUUCCGAUCACCAAACAUAAUAUCAAAGCUGUCAUUCCCGAUAUGCUUGUUGGGGUAAUUGACAAUCCAUUUACCACUAUAGAGUGGACGGUGUCCGAGAUGACUAGAAAUCCAGGUGUGAUGGCUAAGGCUCAGAGUGAAACAAGGGAAGCUUUCAGAGGGGAAAAAGACAAAAAAAAGAUCGAGGAAACUGAUAUCCAACACCUCCUCAAUUUAUAUACUGUCAGUUUUAGAUAA